CCAUCAAUCCCAUCAGUAAUCUCUCCAUCUUCUUUUUGCCUUUCUAUAAAGUAAUUAUGUGCUUCAGUUUGAUCUUUUCAAAGCACAGUCUGGCUCUUCUCCCAUCAUGACAGGGACAUUAAGAAACAUGACUAAACGAGUAAAUCAGCACAGCAGGGUUGCGUAAGAGUCUGUCAAUUGUUUUUCACGUGUUGUCUCAUCUGUUUGGACAAAAAGCUACUGAUUUAUUGUGGUGUGACAAUGACGAGAUGGUUUCGUUAAUGACUUCUUUUCUGCAGUCAAACUCAGACACAUCUUCAUUUGUUACUCCCCAGCGCACACACAGUUGGAAACCUUGACGGGUCACGUGACAAAGGUGUGCAUGUUUCUAUGUGUGGGUGGGUGUUUUUGCCUGUCAGGAUCACACCUGUCGGGAGGUGCCGACGGCGGGAUGUCACUCACUGUCUCAGUCUCUCUCCAGUCGCUCCUCCAGCUGGUAACGGGGAUGAUAAUGGCUGAGUGUUAGUUCACCAUGGCCGCUCAGAGGAAUUACAAGGCUGACCAAAGAGGGGGAUUACAUGAAGUAAUGUGUAACAAGUCUGCAACUAAAGUGCUCAGCUUAGACCGCGAAGUAGGAGUCAAAACGACUUUAAGCAGUUUUCUUCAACAAAAGUCUGAAGAAGUUUGAGAAAGAAAGUGUCCCGUGAAACCUGGUGGAUUUUUUUGGAAGUUUUGUUGUGUUGUUGGCUCCGCAGGCAUGGCUCUGUCACAGAUACAGUGCCUGGACGAUAACCACGUGAACCCGCGGGUGAACGAGUCCAAACCGGAGUUCCUCUACUGCGAGGACCAGCGGCUCGCGCUGGAGGUUUUCCUCCAGGAUGGUCGCGAGGCGUUUUUUAAGUUCUUGGAGGCUCGCGGCCUGCGGGGCUUCCUCUCGGACCCGGAGCUGGAAACUCUCGCCGGGGUAGUGGAGCCCUAUGACCCGGGCUCGGAGCUCUUCCCGGAAAGUGUCGAUGACGACGAGCCUCCGCUGUCACUGCAUUACUGGCCCGAGCUGUCGGACACGUCCAUCCCGCAGACGGACCUGGGCUGGCCGGACACCGAAGCUUAUCGUGGGGUCACGCGCACUACAGUCUAUUCGCAGCCACCGCUGGAUGGUCAGGCGCAUAUUAAAGAAAUUGUUCGAAAAAUGAUUGCGCAGGCGCAAAAGGUAAUAGCAGUGGUGAUGGAUGUCUUCACUGAUGUUGAUAUCUUUAGAGAUUUGCUGGAUGCUGGUUUUAAAAGGAGAGUUUCUGUCUACAUCCUGUUGGAACAUACAGCACUACCUCAUUUCCUGUCCAUGUGUCAGAGGGCCAACAUGCACGCUGGACACCUCAAGCACCUUCGUGUACGCUGCACAGGAGGAGUGGAGUUCUACACUCGGUCCUCCACCAGGGUGAGAGGGCAAAUGGGACACAGAUUCAUGUUCAUUGAUGGAGACAAAGCUGUUUCUGGGUCCUACAGUUUUACUUGGAUGUCAUCGCGGCUGGACAGAAAUCUCAUCACAGUGGUUACAGGUCAGGCAGUGGACGCUUUCGACAGGCUGUUUCGCGUCCUGUACAUGACCUCCAAGUUGGUUGACCUCAGGCAGGUCGCCACAGAGCGUGAACCUGAACCGGAGCCCCUUCCACAGCCAGUCUCAGUGGCCCCUCCUUCUGCCGCUGUUGCAAGGAAACUGUAUAACCCCAAAUAUGCCCUGGCUUUAGGCAACUCCAGCCCCAGUCCCAGCCCCACCCCCUCUGCUGGCCACAACAGCCCCCAAAAUGCACAGAGUCAAGAGAAUUCUGGGAACCCAGACGUCCCAGAUGCUAAGAAGAGGAGGCGAAGGAGGGGUAGUAAAGAAGCCAUACAAGAGGCUCCUCCCAUUCAUCCUGGACUCACCAAUCUAGAGAAGGCAUACUUGAUAUCAUACCUGCCCACCUGGCCAGAGCCUGACCCCCCCAGUGACGUGAUUGGGUUCAUUAACAUUCGGGAUGCCAGUAAACCAACUCAGGUUCAUCUGCAGAGAUCUGAGAUGUUUGAAAUCAGCCAAGCGAUCAGGUUUAGCAGUCCAGUCAGCAUACCCAAGGAAAUCCCACCAGAGGUGGCCAAGCCCAGACAGCUUACUGUUAAAUAUGACGAGAUGAAUAAACUCCAGCGAGAACAAGAUACAACCAAGGCUAAAAAGUCAGUGGCAGCCAGAGCUCAGCCAACAGAACUCAAUGCAUGGCCUGAUGACAUAAAAAAUAAAGCAGAGGCACCAGAACAAAACUCACCUGCAUCCGGUCCAAAGUGUGAAUCUGACAAAGACACUGCUAAGACUCUCCACAUGGAGGAGUCUCCCUCCAACCAGGAUGCAGGCCAUAACAGCACACAACCCCAAGCCAGCAGCGAAACAUCCACUCUUAACACAGAGAGACCUUCACACACUGUGCAAGCUAUCAUCACAAACAUUCCAGAGCCCAACAGCCUUCCUGAAUCCAACAGUGAGAAAGAAGACUCUAUUUUAAACGCACAAACUGCUGCUGUGUACAGGACACACGCCUUGGAGUUGAACAGUACCUCAAACUGCUAUGGUCACCCUGACACGAACACAAGUCAACAUACACACACAAAGACAGUGCCACCACAUACAGACUCACACACACAGGCUGUUCACUCGCAGUCAGAAAACUCCUCUGAAAUCAUCCCUAACAUCCAGACUCCCACCGUUGACAGCUGUGUGUCCCCCUCCUCCACCUCUGAGUCUGAGAGUUACACCUUCCUUUCUGAAAAUGACCACAUCAGUACAAGCAUGACUCCCAGUGCCUGUGCUCCUGUGUCCUCCAUCAGCCCACCUUUUGGCUCCUCUACAACUCCCAGUACUCACCUCGCCACUUCCUCAAAAUCUUCGUCUUUGCCUCCUCCCAUUCCUAAACCUCGUACCAUCCAGCUGGUUGUUAAAGAUGAUGUCACCAGUGAUGGCCAGAAUCUACCAGAGCUCAGUGUCAUCAGGAGGCUUGAGACCAACACCAGGCUGCAAGUGGUCCACAGUGAGCCUAAUGAGGAAAUUCUGGUGCAGGAAGAAUCACUGGAAAAAGAGUGUGAGAUUGUCCCUGAAUUGCAGGAUGACAAUGGAAGCAAAACAAGAGCACAAAAAGAUGCACUGAAUACAGAAAUACAGAGUGAGACUUCCCAAGAAGCAAAGGACGUAGAAGUGGUUGGGCUACAUGAUGACAGAGUGGAAACAAACCCAGAAAAUCAGUCAGAUAUUUUGAUCACUGAGACACCAAAGGCAGAGAGUGUGACUGUACAAAACAUAAUUCCAAACCAUGUGGAGCCUGAGACUUUGACAUCAAUAGACUGCACAUUACCCCCACAGAUAGACAGCGCAGCCCCAGUACAGGCAGGACCCAAGGUCACCGACAGAGCCCAAACAGACAGCCAUCUUGCUGAAGUGCCAAAUGUAAACAGUAAGGAUGUGGCACAGCGCAAAACAUACCACACCAGUGAGCAUGAGCUUCAGAGAAUACCAUAUUAUGAAUUAACUCCAAAGGAAGUAGGUGUAUUAGACACUAUGGAGUCUUUAAAAACUCCACCACACGCUGUGGCUUCUGCCACAUGCGGCCUACACAUAUCUGAAGACAUUACUGGUGACAGCAAGCACACAUCUGAUGGCCAGCAAGGUAACCCAAGUUACACAGCAGCACACUGCGCUGAGAGCGUGCCAAAUACUGAAAAACAUAAUACACACACUUUUCAAGAACUAAUUCCUAAAGCACAGGCAGGCACACACACACCUGAAAAAUCCCUACACUUAAAUCUCUCUGACACACACGUGCCAGAGUUGAGUUCGCCGACACCUGAGAAAGAAUUGCAGUCUCUCACAGCUCUCGUACGCACCCCAACUCCAGAGGGAUUUCUUCCACGCACGCCCACCCCAGAAUCACAAACGGGAACACCGGAUCCACGUUCACACACUCCAGAAUUUCGAACGCCUACAUCCGAUGUUAGCGACGGGAACGUCUCACCAACAGAUGAUUCCCCUCUCUCCUCAACCUCAGAGGAGUAUUACGAAUGUAGCGACUCUCCUUUGCAUGAUCGUGUUUUUGACCGAGCUGCUCACCGAAACCAUGGGGCCACAGAGGAUCGUGUCAGCCCUGCAUGCAUAAAUUCUAACACUCGUGUUGCUACAUUAGCCACUACUGUCAGAAGUGUAACACAGAGUUUAUCUGGGCCUGCUAAAGCCUCCUCUUCGUCUUCUUUAAUUAAAAGCAAAGUGAAACAGGAGAAGAAAGCGACGAAUGAAGAAAAUGGACGAGAAGUGGAUGAAAAGGUUAGGAAACUGAGUGUGGGAGAGAGGAGGACACAGCGAGACUCCAGGGUAGCACAGAGGAGAAGCAGUGAGGAAACAAAGAGAACAGCAGACCAUUUUAGACAAGGUAAAGACACAGUGGACAAAAUCAAGGAGACCCAACCACAGGCUCCAAAGAGAAAAAGGGUGAAACAACAAUCGGGGGAGAGAGUGACCGACAGAGGAGUGUCUCCAGGAGAGUUAACCAAUGAGGGAGCGGCGCCAAAGCAAUUGUCGACAGGUGACUUCAAACCAGAGAAAGUUCCUUCUGAGGGGGAGAGACCAGGCAAAGAGAAGGCUGAGGAUGGGGCGGCAUUAGGACCCAGCAGUGUGGAGAGGAAGGACAGACCCCAGUCAACCAGAGAGACUGAGGGACAGAAGCUUUUACAUACUCCUCCCAGACCUUCACGAGGACAACAGCAGGAUCACAGACCACCCUCCCCUUCUCGACCUUCAAGAUCCCCUCGACUCCUGUCAGGACCUCGUCCCUGUGGAAGCCAUCAGCUGAACCAGCCAGAAAGCAAGGCGCUCCACAGUAGUUUUCAGGUUGUGGAAAACACCUCAUCUCCUCGCAGACUGCCAAUGAGACCACCUCCUCCAGUAGCAGCAGGUGCUGCUGGGAUAGCAGCUGGGCAGAAGCAGGCUGAAGCCUCCAACAGCCAGCAGAGCCAGCAGAGCCAGCAGAGCCUCCUCUCUCGACAGUCUCCAACAGCGCAGCGCAGGGCGAAAGCUGGACAGUCGCCAAGUCAACCCCCUUUCCCAAAACCCCAGGCUUCCUUUCUCCACACGCAUGCUAAUGAACUGCUGCAGCUCCAUCCUCAAACCCAGAACCAGACACCACCAGCACAGGAGGCCCCCUGCCAGGUAGAAGGAAAAGGUCCAUUUAGCUUCACUUUAAGCAGACUGUACAGCCUGAAGGGCUUGAAGGACAAGAUGACCAAACUGCCAGCAAACAGCAAGAGAGGCAACACCAGCUCUCCAGUACAGGGACGUAAGAGCACAAGCUAGUCUGGUACCAUCAGUCACCCUGGCAUCAGUUUUUAUAUUACUGUUAGCAUAUCAAGCCAAAGAAAAGGCUAGUUAACAUAAUAAACAAUAAUCAGUUUUCCAGCAUCUGUUGUGUUAAGACAGCCAAAACUUUGUUCUGGUUAUGCACCAGCUUUUUCUGUCCAGGCUUAUCUGGACUUUGACUUGUGGAGGAUGUACUUUUUAAAUUUUCAUGUGGAACCACUUUCUUACUGGACCAAACAAAGUCCGACUGGAUAAGUGUUUUUCUCUUUGAUUCUCAUUCCUACACAUUAGUCACUCUUAUUCAUUUCGCUGCAUCUCAAACAUCUGAAAGUCUUUUCGUGUUGGAAAUACAGUUCCCUGACUGGCUGAACGCUGAGCUUUUCUUCUUUAGGUGGUCAUGAUCACUGAUGUUAUGAACGGUUUGGCCAUCAGAAUUUGAACCAUAGAUGCCUCUCCUGAAUUGUUACAUGGUUUAUUACAUAGUUUUAGUUUCAGCAGUGCUGCUUUCACCUGGAUCAUCUGUACGUACAGUGUGUAUUGAGCAAUAACACAAACAGUUGUUUCCUGGGUUAACUGUGAUACAUUUUUACCGAAACAUCUUAAAUCAAGCACUUCCUCUUACGUUUUUUGAACAGCACUCAGGUUUUACUGUGUUUUUGCUCUCCUUUUUUGUCAUUUCACUCACAAAGGUGUCACACGUGAAACAUCUUGUUUGCCAGUAGUGAUCUGAUAUCUUGGGUGCAGUGCCGUGUGAAUGUGAAUUCAGGAUUUAGGAUUCAUAUGUGCUUCCAUUAGGAUCGUGUGUGUGAGUGGGAUUCAUUCAUAAAAAUGCACAUUAAUAGAGUUUAAAAUAGGUACUAUCACUACAUGUUUGUAUUAGUAUAUGUAUGUACAUCUUUUUUUACCAUAGAAACGUACACACAUGCUGUUUUUUUACAGAUGUACUGUAUUUUGUGUGAUCACAGACUUCUUCCUCCAGCAUGGUGUUACAGGGAUCAACUGUUCUCUUUGUAGUCUGUGAGCAGACAAAUAAAUAAAUGUUCAAGUGGA